GUUAAUAAUGUCAUUAUAAGCUUACGUCGAAAUGGUGCGUCAACUAAUGCAAAAUUUUUAAAGGCUAUCAGACAAUACAAUCCGACUCUCGAGUAUGCUAACCCAUCUAAUUCAUUUUCGAUGAGACCUCAAAGUCAAGAAAGUCGUCGAGCAACAUUUUAUUUAUUAGAACAGAUUAGAUUCGAGGAGGCCAAGAUAG